GGGAACAUCAUCCUGACUUUCUCCAUUUUAUUUGCCAACGAAAAAAAUAUCGCAAGAAGGCAGAUUUGUGCAAGAUUCGCUACGUUAUUCGCCUCUCACGGAAUUUUCACCCGUGAAGAAAACAUCUCCCUUCCACACUGUGCAGCAGCACAACACCACAAGUACAUCGCCACCGUGUCGUUCCUCUUAUCACUACUUGAACGUGUGUGCAAGUGUGUGUACGAGUUGUACGUAUGUUUGCUUGUGCGUAAUAUUGUGUUGUGUGCCGUGUACGUGUGCUCCGCGUGUUUGCAAAACCGACGGUCACUGUCGGUGGAGUUUUGUAAGUGAAACGAAAAUAAAGUGCGGAAAAAGGUUUUGUGCGGUGUUGGUUAAGAAGAAGGAAAAGAAGUAGCGGUUGUCCGGAAGAAACGAUUUUUUUUUUCUCGUACGGCUAAGGUGUGGUAAUUCCUUACGGCGUGUUGUUAAAAGGCACCCACCCUGUUCAGCGAUAAACUGUUCGAUUACGGUGUAGCUACAUCAGCAUCACUUAGCCAAACACCGAACAUAGCAGACGGGUUGCAACUAUACAUCACCAACUACACAUAGCUGUACCUAAUGAAACAAUCACUAUAUAUCGUCGUAGAGAAAACAGCGCCGAAGGAUUGCAAAUUUGAAACGGAAUAAUAAGCAGCUCCACAUUUUUGGAGUGGUUGCAACAUUUGCUGCCAUAACCGAACGGGAAGAUUUAUUUUUCCACGUGCAUAUUUGUAAUAUCUGUGAUCUUUGUUAAGUGCUGUGUUAUCAACGAUCGCUCGUAGGACAGUAGGAGAGAAAAAAAUCAUCCGUAGCAUGUUGGCAAACAACACUGGAAAGUAGAGAAUUGUAGCACUUCACCACACAAGCCAGAACCAAACCUUGUACACCUCAACAAUAACGAAACCACCAGUGAAAAGCUUUAUUGCUGUAGUGAAAACCCGAACCGAGGCAGAACUAGCAUACUUCUGUUGCGAUCCGUUCAGGGGUGUACGCUUGUUUGCGGGUACCGCGGAUUGUUCACCACCUUAAAGUACGGCUUGUCUAAGCUGAAACCGUUGCAAUCGCUCGGACGAUUGCCUUCCCCUUCGCUCUACAUCCGUCAAAAUACGAUUCAAAAGAAGCAUCAUGUAUUGGGACUCGCUAAGUACGCAGUCCGACGUGGACGCAUUGCUUAGCAAAGAGGGUUUAACCCUGGAAGAGGUCCUGGACUAUGAAAACGUUCUACAAGAAUGUAAAAGUCAGAAUUCCAAGCUGUUGCAAUACUUAAAUCGCACCGAAAUAUUCGAUGCCCUUAUCGAUCUCAUCAUUCAGGAACCGCCCGCUGAUAUCGAUGACAAUAUACGCUUCAUGCAUUCCAACAUGGCGUGCGAAAUACUUACCAGUGAUGUACCGUCCUUCAAAACGCAUCUCGUCGAGAAUCAGAACUUUCUGAACAAGCUGUACAGUUUCCUCGUGAAGGAACCGCCGCUCAAUCCACUGCUGACCUCGUUCUUCUGCAAAACGUUCGGCAUGCUGAUCACGAAGCAGAACGAGCAGGACUACUUUUCCUACAAAUCUGUGUGCCUGCAAGUAUUAGAGUUUAUCAAAUCGAAGAAAGGUUUCCUGCCGACGAUUUUGAAGCACUUUGGCAACCAGGUCAUCAGCGAUCUGCUGCUGUCCCACAUCACUGAUAUUGAGGAUGCGGAGCUAAAGUCUGAACUGCUGGAAUGGCUGAACGAACAGAAGAUGGUAGCCGAAAUAAUAGGCUUACUGAAGCAGCAAGGCCAGGUGCAGAAGCAUUACAACGCAUCACAGUUUCUAAUCGAGCUCAUCAAGAUCAGCCGGUGUAAGCGACAGAACGAGCAACAGGACAAAGUCACCUCGGACCCGAUUCUAGAUACGCUGGAAAGUGAAAUGACAACGAAACAACUGCUUGAUAUCAUCCUGGAAGAAAAUGGCGAAGAAAGUGCAAUUGUUGCAGGAAUUCAAAUAAUCCUAAGACUGCUUGAAAAUGCGAUAAUACAAGAACCUGUUUCCGAUACCGCAUUACAAAACGUUAUCGAUGCUGAGAAAGAGCAUCACGACAUGGUUGUAACACGAUUGGUUAACGUCAUCAAACCGCGUGUCGCCGAAUUUGUUGAGAUCUUGAAGAAUCCACCUGCGAAACCGGACAUAAUUACCACCUUCGGUACACUGUCACCACCACUGGGCAACGUGAGACUUCAGAUUUGUAAUUUAUUUACAGUAUUAAUAGAAACAGAGAAUAAAGAAGUAAUCCAAACCAUUUGUGAAACGGACUAUUAUAACACCUUGCUCAACCUAUUCAAGCAAUAUCGUUGGAAUAAUUUCCUCCAUAGUCGUGCUAAAGUGUGUAUCAACUAUGCCAUCGGUUCGUUCGACCAGAGUGAAGGUGGUGCGGAUGGAGAACCCCAACUGCUUACCUCUAGUUUACAGCGAUACAUAUUCUCAGAUUGUAAGGUGGUACCUAAAAUGGUAGAAUUGUUCGAAAACAAUUCGAAGCUUGAGUCUGGGAGGCUUGGUUAUAUGGGCCAUCUGAUUGAAAUGUUUGAUGCAUUGUCUACUACCUUGAAGCUCUCGGAAGAAAUCCGUGCCUUAGUACAAUCGACACUGACGGAAGAUGAGAAACAAAGCUUGUCAUCGUUAAUCGAUGGAGAUGACAGCCUGAUUGCGCAAACUCUAGGUGUGCAGAAGAAAUUUUUGGCUGAUCAAGAUCCGUAUCGUAUAUGUCCGAACAGUAGUGAUGGGUCGCGUUUUGAUUGUGGUGGUAUGGCUGUUACCGAAAUACCAAAAAUGUCAGUGAUCGAAUUAGGCCAGAUUAUGGAAAGUAUCAACAAUGCUUUCAACAAUUUCGGAGGAUUCGUCUUGGGGGACAUAGAAGACAUAGAGGCUUCUGAUUCAAACCGAUGGGCAGAUUUUGGUUCGUCAGAUCAAUUGCUGGAGCUUGGCAACGAACCAUCUCGGUUCAGCAAUGAUGGCUUAACCGAGGACGACAACGAUCCGUUCGGUUUGCGGAUGUUUGGCAUUGAGCGGGAGAAGACAGAUGACGAUAAUGACGAUAGCGAUCCAUUUGCACCAGUGUCGUCGGCUGCCAACACUCAGGAUACGAACCUCUCCAAAGACAUGCUGAUGGGUGACGGCUUGCUUGUGCAGAAAUCGGAUUUGGAUUUUGCUUCACUCGCAUCGUCCGGCCUUGUCGACAGUGAAAGUAACAGUGAUAUGCCCCUUACAGGUGGCAUGGAUCACAACAUUUUGAAAUUUUUACAAGCGGUCAAUGAAGCGGGUCCAUCCUCAACGGCAAUGUUGGAGGACAAUUUUGCCGAUUUCGAAUCAGUGCUUGGCGUCGGUGAUGCAAGCGCAGUCGGUAGCAGAAGUGAAUCAUCAAUUAGCGGCCUUCCCUCUUCUACAGCUACAUCGUCCGAUCCAGCGAUCAAUUCUGUUAAUCCACUGUUUGAUUUCGAAAAUGCGGACAUAUUCAAUGCUAAUUCGAUACCACCAACUGCGGACCAACCAGCUAGUGGUGUGGAGACAGUAAAAGCAGUCGAAGUCAUGCAGGAAAAGCAAUCGGAAUUGGAAGGGAAACGUGUGGGCGAGGAAUCUGGUGAACAUAUCGAAUCGGCUUCGGCUAUACCUGAGGGAAUCAAUGAUUCAAAUAAAGUCAGUGACAAAGCUGUGAAUGGUAAAACUGACGAUGUAGUGCCGGUUGUUUCAACCGUCGCAACAACAGAGAGCGAGAAAAAUUCAUCCAUCGUGGAGUCCGACGAACUAUCCCAACAUAAUGAGCGCAGCAAAGAAGGAAUGGAAAAUGCAGCAGAAAGCCCUACUGUUGAGAAAUCCGAAGCUAUCAAUGGUAAUGACAGCAGUACUGUCAAUAAUACUUCCCCAAAAGAAGAUUCUAGCAGUUCCACACAACCGACUGUUGGUUCAGGUCCGGUAGAAAGUGUCGAGAAAGACGCUGCAGUUGAUUCGAACACUUCCUGCGACAGCUCAGUUGCGAACGAUUCGAGUGGAUCGCCGGAUAAUUGAGGGUGUCCGCAAUCCUGUCGUUGCCUUCGGCAUCAGACAACGCGCCAAUCGUGCCCAUCGUCAGUACGCCAAUCAAAAACACCGACAGAAACGACUCAGCCAAAGCAGCGCCAUCGACGCCGCCGUCAGAGACGGCGACAAGUACAGCAGACAUCCAACGCGAACGGCACUACCGUUCACUGCUAAUCCACACACACACACACACACACCGGCCCGGUAAAGCUUCCGAGUCGAAUGAUGCACGUCAGAUCGUAUGAUGAGUGACACUGCAAGCGGAUGGGUGGUUUUGGUAAGAGCUUAUUUAAUAAUCGCAAGCGAGAGAAUCACAACCUCUCCUCCGAAGCAUAGUGAUGCGUUCAAUUAAAUUGACGUAUUGUGCUGACAAAGAAAAAUUGCUACACUGUGAAGGCAUUUCGGGAGCAGUACAGAUAAUCAGAUCAGCAUGUUUUACUACUCCCGGUACAGUUCUGAUUAUGUUGUUUCACAUGCUAAAACAAGAAUCAAACAACCCAUAGAAAACGUUAUACAUAAAAUUUGUAAUUUAUAUUUUUUUUUAAUUUAAAAUUUAUAGUAACCUCUGCCUGUUCUUUUUCAAGGCCUUGGAAAGUGUUAUGUUCAUUCAUCUUCAUGCCUUAAGUAAAUGUGAUCCAAGGUACCGCAACACAAGAAGAGCCGAACUCUGUUACCUCAAGUAAAAAAUCGCCCACACUAUUACUGCUUCAAUAAGAUCCAGCAUGAUACUUAUGCCCAUUGCACAGCUACACCGAAGCCGAAUUACUUGCCAUAAUUCUUGCCAGGAUGAGAUGCUGCACCAGCGAAAUCAAGCGAUACAAUAUGUACAGCAUUUGUAAUUCAUUUUUCGCACGAAUGCUUCGUUUUUUACUAACGGCGAUAAUUACCACUGGUCGUGUGUUGCAUUAGAAACUCGAGCAAUAAUUAGUUCAAAGAAAGGAACAAAAAGUGAGCUUAACAUUUACGUUUUUGUACGAUUUUCAUUGAAUUAAUAGAAUGCUAGGCUGGGCAACACUCACAAUUAAUUCCUACGUACAUGGUUUAAAUGUUUGUUGAAUGAAACAAAAUCUUAUACGACAUGUAGUGGUGAGCGAGAUUUAAGAUAGCUUUUAUACGUUUCCCAAUUUUACGAAAGCUACUUUCAAAUGCACAGAUAAAUUGGUAGGUGCGGUAACUGCUGCAUACAAAACAAUGUUGAUCUUAGCUGAACCUCGUAUCCACAACACGGUGCGAAGUGCAUUGGGAGCGCAGAAGUUGUAGUGACACGUCCUAGCAUAAAAGUUAUCAAAUUGUGCUGUGAAACUAUAGUAAAACUUGCUUUGUACUAUGCAUAUGACUGGUAAGGAUGUAUAGAUGCGAACAAUUAUUGAAAACGUAAGCUACAACAUCGGCACAGUUGAUAUUGUCCCCAUUAAGCAAACAGAAGUAUAAAGAUUGACAACAGAUCGAAACGCACUUACCCUUUGGGCGUAAUUAAUUUAAUUUCACACCUUUUUAUAAUAGUGCUUAGGUAGCCACAACCAAUCGUUUGUGCGGAAAUGCGUUUGUUGAGUCGUGUUGGGUUUUCGAAGGAAAAUCAAAGGUGGAAAAAUGUUGUGCUUUUGGUUGAGUUUAGAUGCCUUUUUCGUCGGUUUAGGUCAAGCAUGUGGCGGAAUGGAUGGCUGAAUAGGAGAUGGGAAAAUCAAUGUGUGCAAACCAAAACUAAAAACUAUUGAUGUCAUAUCAAAAAAAAAACAAA